AUGCCUGCCGCCAAUAAAUCCAAUCUUGCCCUCGCUGCUGCUCCGUCCCCAGAAGCCAUCAAUGGCGACGAGGAUGCCCAAACGCCGCGCGAAACCAAGGGGCGUCGGAGCCGUCAACCUCCUGUAGAGUGGGACUACUCAGAGGAUAUUCGUGCGCAUAUCAAGAAGCGCAGAAGGACUGGCCAGGCUUGUGACCGGUGCAAAGGCUGUGCGCCCUGCGUUGAAGAAGCUGGCUUGGAGUGCAAGGUAACUGAUACGGUCACCGGGGAGACCUCGGUGCGCGGUGCUGCUGGGCGAAUGGCCACUCAAAUUGAGGAACUCAAGGCACGUAUUGCCGUGCUCGAGGAGGAAAACAGUGAGAUUCGUAUCAAGUAUGGGCCCAUGACCGUCCCGGAGAAGGAACUCCUGACAAUUUCUCCCGCCGACACUCAUAUCGCCGCCUUCCCCUCGUCGGAGGACCUCCAGCUCCCUUCCACCGGCGAGUACAUCGCUGCUCUCGAACGGGCGAACACUCAGCUUAGCUUCCGCAGCACCGAACUGGAGAUCCAGAACAAGAUCCUGCGAGAGCAGGUCGAGCAGCAAAACGAGCUGCUCCAGCUCACCGAUGCAAGUCGCUGCUCAUUUUGA